AUUCUCAUUCUCAAUCCAUCUCUUUCUCUCUCUUUUUCACUCUCUCUCUCACUCUUCAUUGUUGGUUUUUUUUUUUUUUUUUUCCUUAUUAUUAUUUUUAUUUUUUUUUUGGUUUUUGGUUUAAGAUUCUCUUUGUGUGGGCUUUUGAGGGAGGGUUUGAAUCUAAUGGCUGUUCUGCUUCUUCUUUUGCUUUUAGCAGCUGCUUCAGCUGCUAUAGCUGAUGAAGAUGCAUUCAUCGGUGUAAAUAUUGGAACAGAGCUUUCUGAUAUGCCUCAUCCUACACAAGUAGUAGCCCUCCUUAAAGCACAGCAAAUUCGACAUGUUCGUCUCUAUGAUUCCGACAGAGGUAUGCUUGUUGCACUUGCAAACACAGGCAUUCAAGUGAUGAUAACUAUCCCCAAUGAACAGCUUCUUGGAAUUGGUCAGUCAAAUUCCACAGCUGCUAAUUGGGUUUCGCAGAAUGUUGUAGCUCAUUACCCUGCCACCAAUAUAACAGCCAUUUGUGUUGGCUCUGAUGUUUUCACCAGCCUUCCAAAUGCAGCAAAAAUCCUUGUUAAUGCCUUCAAGUACAUCCAAUCAGCCCUUAUUGCAUCAAACCUCGACCGCCAAAUCAAAAUCUCGACUCCUCUUUCUUCGUCUAUCAUCCUAGAUUCGUUCCCACCUUCCCAAGCCUUUUUCAACAGCUCUUGGGAUUCAGUUAUGGUCCCAAUGCUAAAGUUCUUGCAGUCCACAGGGUCAUUUCUCAUGCUCAAUAUUUACCCUUACUAUGACUAUAUGCAAGCAAAUGGUGUCAUUCCUUUGGAUUAUGCACUAUUCAAGCCUCUUUCUCCAAACAAAGAAGCCGUUGAUUCCAAUACACUUCUCCAUUACACAAAUGUGUUUGAUGCAGUUAUUGAUGCAGCAUAUAGUGCCAUGGCUUCUCUCAACUUCACUAACAUUCCGGUAGUUGUUACCGAAUCAGGCUGGCCUUCGAAAGGCGGUUCUAAUGAGCCAGAUGCGACCUUAGAAAAUGCAAACACUUACAACAGCAAUUUGAUAAGGCAUGUGUUGAACAAAACCGGAACCCCUAAACAUCCCGGAAUUGCUGUUAGUACUUUCAUUUACGAACUCUAUAACGAGGAUAUGAAAUCCGGACCAAUCUCAGAGAAGAACUGGGGAUUGUUCGAUGCAAAUGGGGAUCCUGUAUACAUUUUACGCUUGACAGGAUCAGGAAUGGUGCUAGCAAAUGAUACGACAAACCAGACUUAUUGUACUGCAAAGGAGGGUUCUGAUCCAAAGUUGCUUCAGGCUGCACUUGACUGGGCUUGUGGACCUGGAAAGGUGGAUUGCUCACCUAUAUUGCAAGGAAAGCCAUGCUAUGAACCAGACAAUGUGGCUGCACACGCAACAUAUGCGUUUGACGCUUACUAUCAUAAGAUGGGGGAGGCUUCCGAUGCGUGCAACUUCAACGGCGUUGCUACGGUUACUACAACAGAUCCAAGUCAUGGUUCUUGUAUAUUUUCAGCAAGUCUUGGCAGGAAUGGAUCCAUUGCAAAUAUCACAGCUCCAUCAAUGAAUUCUACGAGUGCUGUCUCUUCUGCAUGCAACUUAUACAGUGCUGUUUUCACAAACAUUGUGAUGGUUAUUGGGAUUCUUUUGUGCACUGGAAUUUUCAUAUAGAGAGAUGGUUUUUAAAGUCUGACUCAAAAUUUUUGGAAAUUAGAUGGAUGGAAGGUGGUGAUCAUCACAUUGUCUUCCUUUUUUUUUUUUUUUUUUUUUCCCUCUGAGAAGGAAUUGGAAUAGUGACCAGGUAGUUUUUAGGGAAUUGGUCAAAUUCAGUUUUGUACAAAACAAGUUGAAAGACCUGGAAUGCUUUUUAGUUAUUUUAAUUACAAUUCUUUGAAUUCGGAAUUUCAGUUUUCUUUUCCCUUUCUUAUCAUUAUUAUUAUUUUUUCGCUUGUUGUAAUUGUUCAUAUCGCAGACGUGUAGUAAAAACGGCACCUUUAAAAAUAACUUGCUAAGAAUUGGCAAAGAUUCAAUAGACCAAUUAAAAGAAAAUGAAAACUGAAAAAAAACCAAAAAAAAGGAUAAAUGAACACCUAAGAAUAACAUGGUUGGUGGUUCAGCGCUAUAGGUUUAAAGUUAAACAAGAAUACAAGAAUGUCCCCCAUUUUAGCUAAUUUGCUUGGUUUUUUGUUUCCUUGUACCAUUCUUUGAUCUGCCUCAUGAAAAUUCCACCCCAAUCCAAGCUAAUUUUCGUGAAAAGCGUACUUCUAGAACUUGAAUCAAUUUCAAGUAGUUAAACCAUUUCCGUUGUUUUUUAACUUCAAUUUAUUUACCCUGCAGUUUUGCAAAGUAUGGUUCUAAAACAAAUUAAGUUACUGUUUUUUAAACAACUUAAAUAUUUGGAUCCAACAAUAUCAGAAAAUUUUUAUCAAGCAAAUUAUCCUCCUGACUAUCAUGAUGUUCUUUGUUUCAUUUAUUUUCCCCUUUUCGUUUUUGUUCUUCAAUUUUGAACCACCACCGAUCAGGCUCCGAUGCAAACAAUCAUAUAAAUCCAAUCAUCUCCCACAUUGAAAUACACAAACCCAUUAUGGCUCCACAUAAGUGAUCAACACGGAUCUAAAAUGGGAUAUUCCUUAAUAUUAAGAAAGAAUGUUAUAUAAAAAUAAUACUUUUUUUUUGUCUCCAUAAAUUUCGAUUUUCAAAUUCAAUUGGGUUCAUCAAGAAUAUGAAAACCAUAUUCAACUCAGUGGGGUUUUUAAGCUCUCAGUCAAAGGGCCAAAUUUUUCCACAUGAGAGAAACAUAGAAAGACUGAGUGACCCUCCUACAAACCUAAGCCAAGAAAGGAAAUGAAAAUCAGAAAACUUGAGAAGUGCUUGAAAAAGCCUUCCUCUAUCAGAUAAAAUAGGAGGUAUCAAAAUAUUAAAAAACCUCCACUCUUAUACAGAUAGAAUCAUCAGGCAAUCACAAGCACAGUACAAGCAAUCCUUCCAUGGCUUAAGCCUUUCAAAGGAUCAAAACCCAACCCUCCAUUCCUCAAUUCGGUGUGGUUAAAGCAUAUAAUCAGUCAUCAUCGAGCACCCACAUUGAACUAUGCCAAAAAAGAGACAAUAAUAAUAAAAGAAAUAAAUUGUAAAUGGGUCUGUUUGGGAGAUGAGAAAAUAUACAACCUAGGACGGAUAAAAUAAAAUAAAAUAAAAUAAAAA